AAUUAGUUACCUCAAUGUUGGUACAUACACAUCUGGAGCGCCAAAUUCAAAUUUAUGUCCACAUAGUUAGAAAAGGAAUAUUAUUUUUCACAAUAAAGUUGUGUAUGUUCAUUCUAAUCAUGAUAAUAUCUUGUUAUAGUAUUCCGAUUGAUUAAGAAGACUGGUUUGGUAUAUUUGUUUCUACUGGGAAUGUUUGUGCAUUCUAAAAUUCUAUAUUUUUGUUCUCAUUUUGUUGGUAUUGUUGGUUGGGAACCAUGUUUUAAUGUUAAUGACUGGUACUCCCAAAGUUUGUGAACCAAAAUGGCGGACACCCGAAUAUUAGGUAAUAUGUGUAGCAUGUUAGGGUUAGGCCAUAAUUUUAUUCCAAUUUUUCUUAUUUUAGUUCUAUUACGAGUUCAGGGACUAGUCAAGUGAUAGUAUUGUAUUUGUACCUGAAAUUAUGUACAAAUUAUGAAAUUGAUAAAUGUCCACCUUUCAAUCUCUAGAUUCGAAAUUUUGUUAAACUAGAUUGAUUAAGUUGAGUUUACAAAAUGACUGAAUCCGGUGAGUCUGGUGAAGAUACCAAUCGUAAAAAGAAAAAAGAGAAAGGAUAUCAUCAUUUCUUACCAGAUAACGAGACAGAUGAAGAAUCUCCAUUUUCAAAAAGCUUUGGAACUCCAAAAUCAGGACAAUCUAGAAAACCAAAAACAUCGAAAGGCCUCUUUAAAAAAGCUUCGUUUUCUAAAGGGAAACUUAGCAAAAAAGGGAAAACACCUGGGGACUCUUUGAACAUUCCUUCUGAUGUACCAUCCUCGACGCCAAAAUCAAAAGACCAUCGCGACGCGAAGAAAAAGUCAGCGAGUUUACCUAGAGACAUACAAAUAUCGUUUAAAGACAAAAAAGAUCCGCAGAAAAAACAUAAAUCAAAAAAGCGAGUUUUAUCGAACCCAAGCGAUGAGAUUCCUGAAAGCCUACCAGAAGAAUCCGAGGAGAUUGUCAACCCGGUAUUCAAAAAAACUCUAGAAGAGGCAGUGCAGCGCACUUGCUACCACGAUAACAUCCUUUUACCUGCUGUGGUACGAGACUGCAUAGACCAUUUGGAGAACAAAGGUCUAGCAGCGGAAGGAAUAUAUCGGAUAUCUGGAGUAAAAGCAAAAGUCGACGAACUCAUAAAAACCUACAAUCAAGAAAUUUCUCCGGAUUUGAAUCAAUACGACCCAUACACAGUUGCAAGUCUUUUAAAAAAUUAUCUACGAGAAUUACCAGAGCGUGUCUUGACCGACCAAUACUCUAUGAAGUUUGAAGAGGCUGCUAGUGGUUCAGAUAAAAUCCGAGCGACCAAAUCAAUUCUUCAAAAUCUCCCUGAAUGUAACCAAGUUUUGAUUUCGUGGUUAAUCGUACAUUUCAGUCACAUUAUUGAUCACGAGAAGGAGAGCAAAAUGACGAUACAGAAUAUUUCGAUCGUUUUAAGUCCGACGUUACACAUCAGUCACAGAGUUUUAAAUUUAUUCUUUACUCAAGCGAAACAGAUUUUUGCAGGGGUUGAAAUCAAACCAUUAAUCAGACCAAUGAGAUGGCAAGACUGGGCCACUAUGCCUCCAUUACCGAAAGAUCAAAUAGAAGUUGUUCAAGAAAUAAAACGUCAAGAAUUUGUUUUAAAUCGGCUUCACUCACAAUUACAAGCUGGUUGUAAAGACAGAAAAAAAGAUGAACGUUUAUGGGAAGUUCAGCGUAUCCUUACACAAUUAAAACGUCUGAAUCGAAAUUUCAAAAAAAUGCAAUCACAAACCAAACUAGACACGUUAACUAUGGAGAGCAUAGAACGGAAGCGUAAUCAACUACGAAGUAGUCCUGGGAAUCGUAGCACUAGAAGCAUUCAAGAUUCAGAAAGUGGGCAGACUCAGGAUAAAGAAACUGCAGCAGGGAAUAAUGAAAAGACCACAGAGGAUGAAGAUGUUACUGAAAGAACAUCUCCAGCUUCUGAGAAUCUUCAAGAGGAAGAGGAAACUGAAGAGGAAGAUCCAGAAGUGAUGAAGUUAUUACUGGAGGAAGAAUUAGAGAAUCUUGUUGAGCAGGAAGAAUUACUUUCAAUGCAACAAGAAUUGAAAUCAAGGAUCCAGGCUGAGACUGAAGAACUUGAAAGAUUGAAGGGAAUCCUUGCAAAUCUCCAGAGCCAAUCGGCAAUUAGAUUAGAAAGUCACGCUGAAUCAUCAGACGACAUUUUAAGCGGAGAGGAACGCUCGAUCAUUGUUUCCCCUGGUGGUGGUGAUUUGGGAAUCCUUGUCGAAAAUUCCAGCAGUGAUGAAAAUAACGAAGAUGAAAUCAUUGAACUGGAACGUUUAGAACGAGAACUCGUUGAAGCAAAUCAAGAAUACGAAAAGAAAAAUAACGCUUUGAACUUAUCGAUACACGAUGAAAGAGAGGCUGUAGUCGAAGCGAAAGUACGAUUGAGGCUUCUUCAUUAUAAAAAUAUCGCUAACAAAGCUGCUGCUAUUGCGGAAUAAAACAAGGCCGGGAACUGGUUUAAAAUCGGUACUCUUGGUACUCCUGUAGUAUGCGAACCAAGAUGGCAGAAACCAGAACGUAGUAUGUGUACCAGGUUAGGGUUAGGACAUAAUUUCAGGUACAAAUAGAGUCACUUGCUUAGUCCCCGAACUCGUGAUAGAACUGAGAUAAAGGAGAGUGAAAUAAAAUUAUGGCCUAACCCUAACCUGGUACAGAUGCUAAGUUCCGGUGCCCGCCAUCUUGGAUCGCAUUCUUCGGGAGUACUCAACUCCUUGAGCGAAGUAUAUUCAAACUGUAGCUCCAGCUCCAAUGGCUCAUUUUUACUUCUGAGCUAGGCCUCUCCUUGGUAGCAAAUGAUGUUGUUGCUAAGUUCACUACUAUGAAACAUCACUGGACGAGAGGCUGCGUAUCACCAUGUGAUUGGGCCAUCUUAUCGGCUUUCCUCUCCACCAGGAUGAAUAUAUAAAUCUUUUCAGCUCAAAUGCAUUUUUGAAUCAGUGGGGUUCAUAGCCAGACUUAAAUCACUUCAUGUUUCAAAUUAUCAUAAGAAAUUAAAUAUUGACAAAAAAUUAUGGAAAAUAUUUAUUAUAAAUUUGAAACCCUAUAAAUAUUUAUCCAAUUAUGAACAAAUAUAAAAGUUGUAUUAAAGUCAUUUAUAUAACAGUAAUAAAAGAUUAAUAUAGGAUAAUAAAAAAUUUAGAAUAUGAGAAAAUAUUAGAUAGGGAGCAGCUAGAGCCACUAGAAUUUUUGGUAGCUUUAUUGUGAUAUGCUUGGCUUCGAUAUCAUGUAACUGGCCUUGAAUAAAAUCCUCUAUAACUGCAAUAUUUUUAAAUGGGCUGGGCUUAUGAAAUCCAAACCAUUAAAAAUCUGAUGUAGCCUUUUUUUGAUUGUUUGUUGAGAAUACUAAAUAUAUAUCAACA